GGACGGCUCGGAUGGGUGUUAUCCCUUCCCCGAGUUCGCAAAAAGAGAAAAUAACAUUGGAAAAGCCAUGCCAGAUAUAGGAUCUUCCAUGCCACGGGGAGGCCAUACAAGAGGUCACGUAUUCACGUCCAAUGGCGCUACUCUGUUUUCCCUCGCAUUUAGUAUUUUUACGGGGGCGGCAAAAUUACCAGAAAACUGACAAAAAUCGAAAUGAGAUUCUCUUGUCAGUCGGCGAAGUUUCGUUUCCUUCGCCAAAACUCUCUCUGUCUUCUUCCUCGCUCUCUCUUGCUUCGAUUGCUUUCAGACGAUACCCAAAAACACCCCAAAGCUAGGAGCUUUUCUCGUUUUCUUGAUUGGGAUUUUCCUCUGAGAGACUCUUGUUUCUUUCCUCUGGGUACUUAAAAAAUGUGGCUGUGGGAUUCCCUCCUCAAUUGGCUCCGCAGCUUCUUCUUUAAGCAAGAAAUGGAGCUCUCCCUCGUGGGACUUCAAAGUGCGGGAAAGACAUCUCUUGUUCAUGCAAUUGCUACGGGAGGCUACAGCGAGGACAUGAUUCCAACUGUGGGAUUUAAUAUGCGAAAAGUUACGAAAGGUAAUGUAACAAUUAAGCUUUGGGACCUCGGAGGCCAACGGAGGUUUCGCGGCAUGUGGGAGCGGUACUGCCGAGGGGUCUCCGCAAUAGUAUAUGUUGUUGAUGCGGCAGAUAGAGACAGUAUUCCAAUAUCUCGAAGCGAGCUACACGACCUGUUGACAAAACCAACCUUAAGUGGCAUACCUGUGCUUGUUCUCGGUAACAAAAUCGACAAGUCAGAAGCUAUUUCGAAGCAAGCACUGAUGGAUCAACUAGGUCUUGAAUCGAUCAGCGAGAGAGAAGUGUGCUGCUACAUGAUCUCAUGCAAAGAUUCUGUAAACAUUGACGCGGUUAUUGACUGGCUUAUAAAACACUCGAGGACAGUAAAAUGAUUCCACGGUUAGACCUAUCUUUCCCUAUUUUCUGAUUGCUUAAGAACAGAUUUAGGUGAAGGACUUCUUUUUUCACGGAUCGGCCCGGUAAUUAGAACUGAUGGUCAAUCCUUCUUGACUCUUGAGGGAAGCAGUACCUGUUUUUAGUUGGAUUUGUUCUUUCGCAUAUUUUCGUACUUCAGAUGGGAAUGACAUUAGUUCUGUUCUUCAGAUUCAACAUUUCUUCUGUUUGUAUUUGAAUGCUGUUGUAAGGGGAGCAAGAGAAGCCUUGGUUGACUUUAACUUGGCAGUUUGGAUCA